CACACCGAGACGACACGCUCUCUCGCUCUUGAUCUCUCUCUUAAUCUCUUGGAGACUUGGACACGACGCGGCAGCCAUGGAGAGCGAGCCGUCGCCGUCGACGCCGACGCAGUCGUCCUACUUCGCGGGCUGCAUGGGCUCCCCGGCGUGGCUGCCGGCGGUGCAGAGGAGCCCCGCGCGGUUCCACCUCCUGUCGUCGCGCGACGCCGCCGCCGCCGCCGGCGGCCGGGACGACGGCUGCAGCAGGCGGGCGUGGAGCCGGCUGCUGAGGCGGCUGGUGCGGGAGAGCAAGAGCUUCUGCAGCUUCAGCGGCAGGCCUCCGCCCAGCAGCAUGGCCGCCUCCACCUUCCACUACGACGCCGCCAGCUACGCCAAGAACUUCGACGACGGUAGACGCUCCCACGCCGCCGACGCGCCGUCGCCGGCGCCGCCGCCGGAGCUAGCUAGCUAGAGGGUUUCUUGAUCUUUUGUCCUUUUUUUUUUCUUUUUCCUUCUUCUUUUGGUGGUUCGCUCGUAGCUAACUAGCUAGCUCUGUGUUCUUGAGAUGGUAGUUGCAAUGUUGAUUUCGUGGAUGACUUCACCAAAAUCCUUGCUGGUGCAGAGGAGAUAUGGAUUCUCAUUAAUUUGUUGCAAUGAACUGGAUUAACAUCAAUCACCGUACAUAUCAAACCGUGAUAACAUUUGAUAAAUAGUGACUUCAAAG